AUGCUGAGCUUCUAUGACAGCUGGAGGAGUUGCGUCAACAGGUCAACCGUGGACCACCUUUGCCUGUGCAGAAUCAAUGUGUACCAAGGCCAGACAAAUCCAACUGUGCAUAGCAACAUCGCGGCCAAUACCUUUGAGCUGAAAAGAGGACUAAUCCAGAUGGCGGAGAACAUUGCUUUUAAGGGCAAAUCCACUGACGACACUAACAAGAAUAUCACCAAGUUCAUCCAGAUUUGCAACACAACAAAGAUGAAUGGAGUGACAGAUGAGCAGGUUCGCCUAAGGCUGUUUCCUUUCUCUUUAGAGGAUUCAGCAAAGGAUUGGUUGGAGAGUUUGGAGCCCGGAUCGAUUAGAACAUGGGAUGCUAUGGUGGAAAAUUUUUUGGAGAAAUUCUACCCCCCUAGUGAAGCUAUAAAGAGACAACACGAGAUCAUUGCAUUUCAGAUGACUCUUACAGAGAAUAUCAGAGAUGCAUGGGGGAGGUUCAAAUCUUUGAUGAAACGGUGUCCCAACCAUGGGUUAACCCCGAUAGUCCAAGUUAUUACAUUUUUCAAGGGCUGUGUGCCUGAAGCACAAAGGGAGUUGAACUUGAGCUCAGGUGGUAAUUUUCUUAAGAAAGGAGUAAAUGAAGCCUUGGAAGUAAUAGAUGAACUCGCAUCUAAUGACGAAGGAUGGAGCAACGAAAGGAGUAAGGUGCAUAGGGUAGCGUCCACCACAGAUCAUGAUCCUAUGAGCGCCCUAUCCGACAAGCUGGAUGCGCUAACUAUGAAAUUUGACUGCAUGGGAAUAGGUCACCCGUUUCAAGAAUCCCAAGGAAAUAUGGAGGACGUUAACUAUGUGAAUCAAGGGGGCAACAACCGGUACUAUAAUAAACAACGCCCCAACUUUCAGGGUGGAGGUUAUAAUCAGUUUGGGAACAAGGGGCAUCUCAAUCUCUCUUAUGGGAACCCCAAUAAUGCUCUGCAACCACCCCCGGGGUUCACGGUUAAUAAUGGAGUGGUUAAUGAUCCGAAGAAGAUGACCACGGAAGACAUACUCAAAUCUUUCAUGCUACAGUCCAAUAAGCUAAUGGAACAGAACAAUCAAAGGAUGGAGAAGGUGGAGACAGAUGUGUAG